CCACUCAGUCUGCUAGUAACCGCCCACAAAGUUGGUCAGCCAGGUGACAGGAGAGCCAGCCGGGAAACAGCACGGACCACGUCCCGCCUGCGUUAGGAAGUCGACUACGUAACGAUUCACAACCAAAUCAAAGUCGACUAGGCAAAACCACCUGCUUAAAUCCUGCGUUUAUUGCCUGCUUUCACGUGCUCGCAAUCUGACAGCCUCUUAUCCGUUAGCAGUUGCGACGUAACCAGCUAGCAGUUCGAGGACACCCAUAACAUAACGCUAGCCUCUGACGUUAGAGAAGACUCAACGGUUGGUUGUUGUAUUUCUGUCCGGGUAAAGAUAGAUAAGCCAGCAGCGAGAUGUCCGAACCGGUCGGAGAGGCGAAGCUGGAAGUGAAGCAAGCGAGCAAAGAGGUGAAGGAGAGCGAGAACGUAGCGGAAAAAUAUUCAGCCAUGACCGUGAGCAAAAACAGCGAAAUAACCAUGGGAGAGCUGUCGACUGUCUUCAGCGCUGUGCCCACUCACAAACCGGUUAAAAAGCAAAUCCAGUUUGUGGAGGACAAGCAGGAGUUCAGCAGGUUCCCCACCAAGGCAGGCCGUCGCUCCCUGUCCCGCUCCAUCUCCCAGUCCUCCACAGACAGCUACAGCUCUGCUGCAUCAUAUACGGACAGCUCUGAUGAUGAGACCUCGCCACGGGACAAAACUCAGGUCAACAGCAAGGGCAGCAGUGACUUCUGUGUCAAGAACAUCAAGCAGGCUGAAUUUGGCAGACGGGAGAUUGAGAUCGCAGAGCAAGAUAUGUCGGCACUGAUCUCACUCAGGAAGAGAGCACAGAGUGAGAAACCGUUGGCAGGUGCCAAGAUUGUGGGCUGCACUCACAUCACUGCCCAGACUGCAGUGCUGAUUGAGACUCUGGUUGCUCUCGGAGCUCAGUGCCGCUGGACCGCAUGCAACAUAUACUCCACACAGAAUGAAGUGGCUGCUGCCCUGUCGGAGACAGGUGUGGCUGUGUUUGCCUGGAAGGGGGAGUCUGAAGAUGACUUCUGGUGGUGUAUUGACCGCUGUAUCAACACUGAGACCUGGCAACCUAAUAUGAUCCUGGAUGAUGGGGGAGACUUGACACACUGGAUGUACAAGAAAUACCCCAAUGUAUUCAAGAAGAUCAGGGGCAUUGUAGAGGAGAGUGUCACUGGGGUUCACAGGUUGUAUCAGCUGUCUAAAGCUGGAAAACUGUGUGUGCCUGCGAUGAAUGUAAACGACUCUGUGACAAAGCAGAAGUUUGAUAACCUGUACUGCUGCAGAGAGUCCAUCUUGGAUGGUUUGAAGAGAACCACAGAUGUCAUGUUCGGAGGCAAACAGGUGGUCGUAUGUGGUUACGGCGAGGUUGGAAAAGGUUGUUGUGCUGCUCUGAAAGCAUUGGGAGCCAUUGUCUAUGUGACAGAGAUUGAUCCCAUCUGUGCCCUGCAGGCCUGCAUGGACGGAUUCAGAGUGGUCAAGCUUAAUGAAGUCAUUCGCCAAGUAGAUGUCAUCAUCACAUGCACUGGAAAUAAGAACGUGGUGACCAGGGACCAGCUGGACAGAAUGAAAAAUGGAUCCAUUGUCUGCAACAUGGGACAUUCCAACACUGAGAUUGAUGUGGCAAGUCUACGGACCCCCGAGUUGACCUGGGAGAGAGUCCGCUCUCAGGUGGAUCAUGUCAUCUGGCCUGAUGGCAAGAGAAUUAUCCUCCUGGCUGAGGGACGUCUCCUGAACCUCAGCUGUUCCACUGUCCCUACCUUUGUGUUGUCCAUCACAGCCACCACUCAGGCUCUGGCACUCAUUGAGCUGUACAAUGCUCCAGAGGGACGUUACAAGCAAGACGUUUACUUGCUUCCCAAAAAGAUGGAUGAAUAUGUUGCGAGUCUGCAUCUGGCCACGUUUGAUGCCCACCUGACAGAGCUUAGUGACGAGCAGGCAAAAUACCUGGGUCUGAAUAAGAAUGGCCCUUUUAAACCCAAUUACUACAGGUAUUAGUCUGUCUCACCUGAGAACAACAACAUGUGGAUGGUUCCUGAUUAGUACCCGACCUCCAGGCAAAAAAAAGAUUUGUGUAUUGUAUUUUUUACCCUUCAUGGGACACAUGGCUCAUUUACUUGUAUUUUAGUGACUGUAGAAAGUUUUGCUGCUUUACCAAUGACACCCAAGCUGGCAAUGAAAAGUGAAGCGUAUGCACUCAGCUCAUGUGAGGUAACACAUGCAAAAAAAAGAAAAUAUAUGAUUUUUUUUAAUUGCAUGCGUUUCCAUUCUGAAAGCUGUUGGGUAUAUCAGCAUAUUGUGCCAAAUGACUGUGAGAGGAGGGUUGUGGUUGUUCAGAAAUAUUAGUUGUUAAACAUGCUAAACCCACACGGCGCACUAUUUUUGUAUAAUCAUUCCCUCCAUGUACUGCAAAGCAGUUACUUAAAAUGCCAAACCCAGGAAUCUCAGGAGCUUACUGUGCUUUUUAUGCACUUUUAGCUCCUUAUUUUUGGCAUUCUCAUCAAUAUUGUGCUUAAAACUGUUUGCAGUCUUUUCCUUAAAAACAGACAAGCCAACAAUUGCAAAAAAAAAGUGACAUGAUUUAAA